CGGGUGUAGGACCUGGUUCGAUCCCGAGCUAGGCAGGGAGUCGGCGCCAGGCUGGGUGGUGCUCGGCUACGCGGAGUGGGCGAGCGAGCACGCGCCUGCGGUGGCCGGCGGUCCCGCGCUGGAGGGCGCUGGCGACCUCGCGGCCCUGGCCUCUGUGGCGGUAUCGGACGCUCGGCCCUGCAAGACGCCUGGCGGGCCCUGCCGGCCUCCCUGGGCCAGGCUCGGUUUCUCCGUCGCCUCCUGGCCCUGAGCUGGAACGCGGCGGACGGUCAGGGAGGGUUGUGCGCGGUGGCGCGGGGGCGGAAAGCCGCAGGUCGGGCUCUCACCUGACCGUGGCUCGUUCCUAGAAGCGCAGUUUCCUAGUCGCUGCCUGUAGGGUCCACACUCGGACAGUAAAUUUGUGUUCAUCGCUUUUAGACCAUUUGAGUCACUAUAAAACUCAUCACGACGGCCUCACUGACCUCGUGUCAGGAGAUCUGGUUGUAUGUGGUUGCCUCAUAAUAAAGAUUUAUUUAUUUUUCCUCCCUGAGGCAAUUAAAUAUCAAACGCCUAUCAUCAGCAGUAACGACAGCGGAGCCGGGCGUGGAGGGGCCUGUGGUCCCAUCUACUCCGUAGGCUGAGGUGGAAGGAUCGCUUUAGCCCAGGAGGUGGAGGCUGCAGUGAGCCGAGAUCGCGCCACUGCACCCCUGUCUGGGCGACGGCGAGACCCCGUCUCCAAAAUGAUAAUAAUGAUAACUACCAUUUUUGAGUACUAUGUGCUAGAUGCUUUUCAUAUGUUAUCUGAUUACUGCAGCCCUACAAGGUGCAGCCUGGCACCGUUUUAUUUCACUUAGAACUGAGAUUCCGAUAAAGUAACUUUUCCAAGGCAAGAGGUAGUCAGAGGCUGAGGAAUGAUUCAAAUUUGAGUCCAGCUCCAAAGCACCGGCCCAGUGUAGUCUGCAGAGUUCCAGCCCCAUAGAGCCACAUGGAGGAUGCGAGUGACAAUCGCCAGACAAUCAACAAAUAGUUGAUGUAGAUUUCUUUAGUGAUGACUUAAUUGUUAGGGCCUGCUGGGAUUGUUCGAAAACCAGGGCUGAGAGUGGAAAGUGCAACUUCUGGGGACAGGAGGAGCAAACAGGGCAACUGAUAGCAGUUUCCACAUUAGGAAGCUGCCCAGAGUUAAUUAUGACUGUCACAACACAGCCCCCCCUUAACACACCAAAAUAAAGAGCCUCGGUUCCGCUUUAGAUCCUGAAUUUGACUUCUUUGCAGGUUUAUACGAUGGUCUUAGUGUCAUGUGGGAUAAUUGUGAGGAUUUCGAUUGUAUUUAAUUCUCCAUGGAAAACCAGUACGGUUUGCUACUUUUUACAUGGCAGGGAAGGCUAAACUUUACCUCUGCCCAUCUUAGUUCAGAGUGACCCCUUUAACAAAUGAAAGGAUAACAAGAAAAAAGUUUAUUAUUGGACAGAGUACACAUCACAAGGGAUAAACCUUAAUGAGAAGUAACUUGAAAUGGUGGCUUAGAACUACAUUUGUAUACCAUCUUCAACAAAGAACUGUAGAUUUGCAGAGAAGUGACAGGACACAGGAGAGCAGUUUUAGGCUUCAAAGGGCAGGAAACUGGGAAGGUAGAUACAUAUUUGGAAACUAAUGGAGUAAGAAUUGUUUGCAGAUUCCCCUGGUACCUUAACUGGUCUGGUAAGUCUAAAGUUAUCCCCAGUAAAGAAUUUAUAUCCUGUCUUUGGGCGGAAGAGGGGGAGGAUAAAGAGAGCUUUUCCUUCAUUUGCUGCCUCUUGUCUUCAGCUCAAAUUUGUUGUUGUUUUUAUAUCGAAGAGGCAUGUUUUGGGAUGACAUUGUGGUUUUCUUCAACACCGUUUAGGUAGUCAGAGGUAUUAAUAGGGGACCCUAUUACCACAUGUCUUUCUCCCUCAGUGUAUGAUAUAAUUUGUAAUCUUGGGUUUCAACUCAGAGAAAAUUGUGAUAUCAAUAGCAUUGUAACUCAGAAUGGUGAAGUAUGCUGGAAAACAAUCACAGACUGUGUGAGCUACACAGAGUCAGGGUCUGGAUUACUGGGGAAGCGUGAGGCUGCUGGGCCCUGUGUGUGAGGCUGUCCAUUCACAUUUCUUAUCUCUGACCAAGGGGCAAUUUGAAAUUCGAUAUGCACCGUGGUUCCAGUGGACAAGUUUUCCAGAGUUAUUUCCGGAAAUAUUUGAUGCCUUGGAAAGUCUACAAUCUCCUGCUAUUUCUCUUAGCUUAAUGAAACUGACAUCGUGUCUAGAACGAGCCUUGGGUGAUGUAUUUUUACUGAUUGGGAAGGAAUGCCCCUUUCUUUUAAGAGAUCUGCUUUCAUCUGAGGAGCUUGCUCAAGUCUUCAGUCAGUCUGUGAUGAACGUGCUAAAAGUCUUUGUUGGCUCUCCGUGUGGUCUCAACCUGCGUAACGUCUUAUGGCAUGGGUUUGCAUCACCUGAAGAAAUUCCUCCAAAAUACUGUUCAAUGGUGUUACUGUUGACAGCAGGAUUGGGUCAGUUACUGAAGAGUUACCUUCAAAACACUAAACUUACAUUGGCACAUCGCUCUUUCAUAUCUCUUACAAACCUCGAGGAUUUGAUUGUUUUUCCUGAUGUUACUUAUGAGGUGCUUUCAGUAUUAGAAGAAGUGAUGAUGAAAUCUGCUUUUAUAUUAAAAAUCAUGUUACCAUAUUGGGAAGUUGCACUGGUCAAGUUCAAGUCACACAGGUUUGCUGACUGCGCCAUAUUGUUGCUGACACAGCUGGAGACUGGACUUAGGAAUGUUUUUGCCACACUUAACAGAUGUCCAAAAAGACUCCUGACUGCUGAGUCAACAGCUCUUUAUACCACCUUCGAUGAAAUAUUGGCAAAACACUUGAAUGAUGGUAAAAUCAAUCAGCUUCCUCUUUUCCUUGGAGAGCCUGCUAUGGAAUUUCUCUGGGAUUUCCUGAACCAUCAGGAGGGUCCCCGCAUAAGAGAUCAUUUAAGCCACGGGGAGAUCAACUUACAUGAAUUUUCAAAAGAAACAACUAAUCAGUUGCUUGCAUUUUCUCUUGUACUGUUACUCAGAUUCGUUGAUGACGGUCUGCUAUCAGUUUUUAAGGAAAAAGCAGCCGUAGAAUUGUUGAUUAGUCUUGCAGAAGGCUAUAGUUCUCGCUGUCAUCCGGUUUUUCAGCUUAAAAAACAGGUGCUGAGCUGUGAGGAGAGCAUCAGGGUUUGGGCUCUGCUGCCUUUCCCCGAAGAACUCACUCGGGAAGCCAUCAGAUUAGGAGAUAAUUCUGAAACAGAUGCCUGCCACUCUUUGAUUACAAAAAUGACGGAUGAGCUGUAUCACCAUAUGCCUGAGAAUUGUUGUGUGUUAAAGGACUUGGAUCGUCUUCCUACUGAGACGUGGCCCCAGCUUCUCCGUGAGCUCUGCAGCACACCUGUUCCCACCCUGUUCUGCCCCAGGAUUGUGCUGGAAGUGCUGGUUGUGCUCCGAAGCAUCGGCAAACAGUGCCGCCGUGUGUCCAGCCAGGUCACCGUUGCCUCGGAGCUGAGACACAGGCAGUGGGUGGAAAGGACGCUGCGGUCUCGCCAGCGGCAGAACUACCUGCGUAUGUGGAGUAGUAUCAGACUACUGUCCCCUGUGCUCAGCCUGAUACUGUUACUCAUUGCGCUGGAGUUGGUCAACAUUCAUGCUGUUUGUGGGAAGAAUGCGCAUGAGUAUCAGCAGUACCUAAAGUUUGUAAAGUCGAUCUUGCAGUACACGGAGAACCUGGUGGCUUACACCAGUUACGAAAAGAACAAGUGGAAUGAAACUAUCAAUCUUACACAUACAGCUUUGUUGAAAAUGUGGACUUUUAGUGAGAAGAAACAAAUGUUAAUACAUUUAGCCAAGAAAUCCACAAGUAAAAUACUCUUAUGAAAA